UUGUCAUGUCGUUUAACAAAAAUAAUUCUCACAGUAAUGCUGGGAAUAGGAAAACGACGCUUUUUAAAACUGGAUUUACGUCAUCAUCGUCGUCUCGGAAUGUCACUGAUGAAGCAGUUGGUUCUGGCAAGAAGAAUGUUGGUGCAAGUGGUUUCAGUAGCCCUCCACCUCAAAAUAAAACACCCAACAAGUCAGGAUUGACUCCAAUUCGACCAACAAAAUCCCCUGGAACAGGAAUGAAACACAAAUCAGGUUUGACUCCAGUACGUCCAGGGGUUUCACAAGGAGCAUCCAAAAGCCCAUUUACCCAAAGAUCGAAACUCAAAUCUGGACUAUUACCUAUCAAACCAAGCAUGCAAGGAGGAAAUCAACAGAGCAAUGAAUUGAACUGUUCCGUAUUUAAUGCUAGAAGAAAGUCAGGCUUGAAGCCAAUGAAACCAGCUGGAUCACUGUUCCCCUUUUCAUCUCAAGAUAAAACAGAUGUUUCUGUAAGUGAGUCCAAGUCAUUUUGUUUUGUUGCUCCAAAGCAAAUUUCAAGAGGAGGAAUGAUGAGUCAGAAUUCUGCUUCUCAAAAUAGCUUAGAAGAAAGAAGAAAAUCGGGACUUUUACCUAUAAAACUCUCCCUGUUCGGAGCAGUUCCGCCCGAUCGCCAGCCUCAGCUGAAACCGAGACCCUUAAUAUCAAAUUCGGGUAUGCGAAGAAUGCCACAGAUUCAAAUAAGUAAAUCUAUUGAGGCAACUCCUUCCCUGAAUGUCAUAACAGAAGACUCUGAGAGUCCCUGUAAUGUUCAGUCUCAGGGUAACGUAUCUGGAAUUACCAAGCUAGAUGAUUCCAUGGAUAUGUCUGUUGUUAUACGGCCUAAAACAGGACAUCGCAUGUCUAGAAUUCCAUUGCCUAGGUCUACUUUGGACAACAAACAUUUUAGCUCAGAUACAGAAAUAACGCAAACUCGGAUUGCGAAACGUGUUCUCGUUUUUUCCGACGAAGACGAAACCGUUAGUUCUCACACCAAUGUCUUGAAAGAUGGAAGUUCGAAGGCAAAUAUGAUGGAAGGGACAUCUUCCAUCGCCAAUAGUCUUCAGAACUCCGAUAUUUUGCCCACUUUGACCAAACCAAAACAAGAGUCUUCUACAAAUAAUGAAGAAAAGGAAAAUCUUUUACAUCGCAAGAGAGAAAUUGAAAAUAUUAUAGAGAAAAUGUCGUCCGAGUUGAAAACCAUUGAUGAACAACUGCGAACUCUAGAUGAAAAAGAACUCCUUGAAUCAACGAAUGGUUGCGAAAAUCUAACGGAAGAUAUUGACGAAUCUGACAGUCCUUUCGCUCAAGUCGGCAGUCCGGCUCCAAGCCGGGAGGAUGAUUCAAUUCCUACAGAUUCUACUUCUAAUGAAGAUUUAGCACAGCUUCCCGGUGAAGAGGGGUCUUCAGACAAAGUUGAAGGGAAGCUUCCUCUUAGAGAUUUGGCAGGAUUAGAUGAAGCUGCUCUUGAACUGGGGAUGUCAGGUUCAUACUCAGAAAUCCUUUCUCCAUCCCGCUUUAAAAUAGAACCAGUUCCAGAGGAAGAAGUCAAACCCUCAAUUCAAAAUUUGGCCAUUGAAGGUACUGUUUUAAAGGAAGGAGAUAUGAUACACUUCAUUGCAAAAAAUCUUGAAACCAAAAUUCGACUUUCAAGUCCUGAUAUUUCAGAAUCUAGUCAGUUACUAGCAGCUCAGUCUGAACUUGCAAAGCAACAUCAAUCAGUAGCAACACCAGAAUCAACAUUUUUAGCACAGUUGGAAAGGGAUGCUAGAUGUAUUGCUGCUAGUGUUGAUGGAUUAACAGAGCACCUGGCAGUUUCUUUACACACAAUCUCAGCUGUCACUGCUCAGUCAUUAUCUGUUUAUAAAGAUUCUGUUUGUAAAACAUGUGAUGCUAUGGAUGGUAACAUAAAGUCCAUGUAUCAGUUAAUGGCAAAAUGUGAAGAACUAAGCAAAGCAAUGACCCCCAUCUACAAGCUGUCUGAGCAAGUGAAGGAAAUAAAAAAACUCUUGGAUAUCAUGGAAAAUCUCUCAUAGGUUGGAACAUAAUAGAAGAUGAAAUUCUUUUCUUAUUCAACUAUAAGUAUCUUCAAAUGUAAAUAUCUUCUCUGUGUUCUCUGAUCAUGGGCCAGCAAUUAAUUGAAGAAACAAUAUUAGCGUUAUUCCCGUUUUGCUUUUGCAAAUAAUAUUAGUUUUUUCUAACGCAUGUGCUACUUAUGAAGUCAUCUUUUAUGUCCCUAUCAUAAAAUUCCAAUUCAUCUAGUUAAAUAUUAAAGAUCUCCCAUGUUUUGAUGGAUUACUUAAUGCUGACUUUCAUUCACUCUCGAAUCUUGAAAUUUGAGUAAUUGAACAAGGGACGUUCAUAUUAUGUAGAAGAAGUACAAUAAAUGUUUUAAGACGC